ACAGCUACACAGGAUGCAGUUUCAGAGCAGGAGGAAGCCGUCGCCCGCAAAGGCCACUUCUACGGCGUCUAUUUGCUAUGCAGCCAGAGUUUGGAUUCUCGAUACCGGGGAAAGUGCUACGUGGGUUUCACAGUGAACCCAAAGCGCCGGAUUCGACAGCAUAAUCUUGGAUGCGACUUUGGAGGCGCCAGAAAAACCAGCCGCAAGGGGCCCUGGCAAAUGGUGAUGAUCGUACACGGAUUUCCGAAUAACAUUGUGGCACUGCAGUUCGAGUGGGCUUGGCAACAGCCCUCGCUGUCCACUAGACUCAAGAUGUACCCAGAACUAAAACGCAAACUGCCCAGAGAGACGUACUUUGACUACAACUUCAGGAUUCUGAGUAGGAUGCUGGGCGUUGGGCCUUGGCAUCGAUUGCCACUCACCGUUCGCUGGUUGGAAACGGAUUAUGAGAGGUCAUUUGAGGUGCCCCUUCCUAGCCACAUGGAGAUUGUGAGUGGUAAGGUUUCCAUUAGUGCCUCACAACGUGUGAGAGCUGACGGAGCUGAAGCUCCUCCACCUGUGGCUUGGGCGCCUGAGUGUCAUCUGUGUAUGCAGCAAAUCGACCAGCCAGAAAGAUCCCGCCUGGGAUGUACAAAUCCAACCUGUCGGCUCACCUGCCACAUGCUGUGCUUGGCCAAUUAUCUACUGGGCGAUGAGCCAGGUCACUAUAUCCCAGUUGGAGGAGAGUGCCCGCUUUGCGAGACCCGUCUCACCUGGGCAGCCCUACUGCAGCGCAAACGUCUCUUGCUGGGCGUUCCCGAGGAGCUGCAGGAGCAGGAUGACGAUCUCAGCGACGAACUCGAUGUGGACAGCGAUGUUGAAGAUGUGCCUGUGCUAAGCGAUUGAGAAAGCUGUUUGUCCCAACUAUUUAAGUUUUUGUAAAAUAAAUUUCCCAGAGUAUGCACUUUA